CGAAGUCUUUGGGAAAUGGGUUUUCGUGAUUUUGAUUUAAUCGAAAAUCCAUUGAUGGGAUUUUGAAUUCGAAGUGAUUGGAUUGGUGCUAAGGGCCUCUCAUGGGGAGAUUUCUUGGCGGGUUUGUGUUGCCUCUGCUGCUGCUAACAGCUGCUUUUAUCAAUUGGAGCUUGCUCUCUCUUGUUGAUUUGGUAGCAUUUCUUCUUAUUCUAUUUAAUGCACCAAAAAUAGGAUUUCAUUUUGGAAGGAGGCUUUUAUUAUUGUGGCUCAUUGUCAUAUUUUCUUUAUUUGUUAUUUUUUCUCAAGUGAUAUAUCUUGUUAUAUGGGCUAUUGAGGGAAAUAAAUGGAUUGGAGCAGGUGCUUGGUGGGCAAAUCUUAUUGGAUUCAUGAUAUUGCAGUCAUGGAAAUCUCCCUCUGUGCUAUAUUUUUUACUCUUACAACUAUCAGUAGUAGCUGUUGCUUUAGUUGAUUUGUAUGGAAACAGAUUUGGUCUUGUUUCAUCGUGUGAUUCAUGUUGGGGUCGAUUUUCAUCAGCUGUUGAACGCUUAAUUUGUUCUCAUCUUAGGGUUGCUUCCUGCUUGCUGUUGCCUGCCAUUCAGCUGGUUGUUGGAAUUAGCCAUCCCUCAUGGGUUUCUCUACCAUUUUUUAUUGGGAGCUGCAGUGGUCUUGUAGAUUGGUCUUUGACAAGCAAUUUUUUAGGACUUUUCAGGUGGUGGAAGCCUUUUCACUUGUAUGCAGGCUUCAACAUUGUCUUGCUUUAUGUGUAUCAGCUACCUGUGGAGUUUCCAGAUAUGUUACAAUGGAUAGCUGAUUUCAUUGGUCUGUUCAAGAUAACUUUACAUUCGGAUUGGACUGAAGUUUGUUCGAGCUUAUCUCUUUUACUUUUCUACAUCAUGCUAUCCUGUGUUAAAUGUGAUCUAGAGGAAAUGGAUUUUAUUUUAUCCAUGAAAGAAAAUAACUUGACGGAGCAACUUCUUCCCUCGAAGCAUUCAUUUUUUAUUCGUGAAUCUAGAUCUGGUGUAAGGCAUACCAAUGUUUUGUUGACAGGAGCAGUUUUCCGGACCUUUAGUAUCAACUUCUUCACAUAUGGAUUCCCGGUGUCCUUGUUUGCUCUUUCUUUUUGGAGUUUUCAUUUUGCAAGUGUUUGUGCAUUCGGGCUACUUGCAUAUGUUGGCUACAUCAUAUAUGCCUUCCCUUCCUUAUUCCGUUUGCAUCGACUGAAUGGGCUGCUUCUUGUCUUCAUUCUCUUGUGGGCUGUUAGCACAUAUAUUUUCAAUGUAGCAUUUGCGUUCCUGAAUUGGAAAAUUGGGAAGAACACAGACAUAUGGGAGAUGGUUGGGUUGUGGCAUUAUCCCAUACCUGGAUUCUUUCUGCUUGCACAAUUCUGUCUUGGAAUAUUGGUUGCCUUGGGUAAUCUUGUGAACAACUCAGUUUUCCUUUGCUUGUCUGAUGAGGAUGGGCGAUUUUUAAAUGACAACAGCACCGUAGAAGGUGAGGGAGAGACCAAAGUAUUGAUUGUGGCCACAAUUGCUUGGGGACUGCGCAAAAGCUCUCGAGCUAUCAUGCUGGCACUUAUAUUUCUCAUUGCCAUGAAACCUGGUUUCAUCCAUGCUGUGUAUGUGAUAUUCUUUUUGAUAUAUCUUUUGAGCCACAACAUUAGCAGAAAGAUACGCCAGGCUUUGAUUCUCCUAUGUGAGGUUCACUUUGCACUAUUGUAUAUCAUUCAGAUUAAUCCGAUCUCUGAUGCUUUGGAGCGAAAAGGCUCUUUGAGUGCAGAAGUUUUAUCACAGUUAGGUCUCCUUCAACAUGAAAGCUCGUGGGAUUUUUUGAAAAUAGCUUUGCUUGCUUGCUUCUGUGCAAUUCAUAACCAUGGUUUUGAAAUGCUAUUUUCGUUCUCAGCAAUUGUGCAGCAUACCCCUAGCCGUCCAGUUGGAUUUAGCAUUCUGAAAGCUGGCCUGAACAAAUCAGUUUUGUUGUCAGUGUAUGCCUCCUCAGCCAUUAAGUACAGCCAUGAUAAUCCUUCUUAUGAGAAAAGAAUAGCAUUAUUCCUCAGUGCAAUUGGGCAGAGGUUUUUAUCUGUGUACCGAUCAUGUGGAACCUACAUUGCCUUCCUUACUAUUCUCCUUACUGUAUACCUGGUGAGACCCAAUUAUGUAUCAUUUGGGUACAUAUUCCUUCUCCUUGCUUGGAUAAUUGGAAGACAGCUUGUUGAGAGAACGAAAAAGCGCCUUUGGUUCCCGUUGAAAGCAUACGCAAUUGUGGUGUUUAUCUUUAUCUAUAGCUUGAGCAGUUUCCGCUGCAUUGAGGUUUGGUUGUCCAGGUUAAUAGACCUUUAUUUCUAUCUAGGCUAUGACUCAGAAGCUUCAUCUUUGGAAAAUGUUUGGGAAUCCCUAGCAGUCUUGAUUGUGAUGCAACUUUAUAGCUAUGAGAGGAGACAGAGCAGGUAUAACAAGCCAGAUGAUGCUGAUGUGUUAGAAUUUGGAGUGCUUGGGUUUAUAAAGCGGUUUGUUGUUUGGCACAGCAACAAGAUCUUGUUUAUUGCAGUAUUCUAUGCAUCUUUAUCUCCAAUUAGUGCAUUUGGAUUUUUGUAUCUACUUGGCCUUGUCAUCUGUUCAACAUUACCUAAAGCUUCACGGAUCCCGUCUAAAUUAUUCUUGGUUUACACAGGAUUUCUAGUAACAGCUGAGUAUCUUUUUCAGAUGUGGGGUAGACAGGCUGCAAUGUUUCCUGGACAAAAGCACUCUAAUAUUUCCCUUCUUUUGGGUUUCCGUGUAUUUAAACCUGGAUUUUGGGGUCUAGAAUUCGGCUUGAGAGGAAAAGUGCUGGUGAUUGCUGCGUGUACCCUUCAAUAUAAUGUUUUCCGCUGGUUGGAGAAGAUGCCAAGUACUAUCCUAAACAAAGGAAAGUGGGAAGAGCCUUGUCCAUUGUUUGUCUCAGCAGAAGAUGCCAAGAUUAAUUCUUCCAUCCCUAGUGAGGAAAACAAGCCAUCAACAGAUUCUGAAGCACUUUCUGUGAAACGAGAAGGGGCUAGGAGCCAUUCAUGGCCAUUCUUCUCCCCAGGUUUAUCGGAAUCCCUUAAUCCUGUGUCCCCUAGAGCAGGAGGUUCUGAGGGUAGUAGCAGUAACAAGUACUCAUUUGGGUACAUUUGGGGCAGCACCAAGGAGAGUCAUAAGUGGAACAAGAAACGGAUUCUUGCCUUGAGAAAGGAGAGAUUUGAAACACAGAAGCUUAUCUCAAAAAUCUAUUUGAAAUUCUGGAUGGAAAAUAUGUUCAACCUCUUUGGUCUUGAGAUAAACAUGAUUGCAUUGCUUCUUGCAAGCUUUGCUUUGUUGAAUGCCAUUUCUUUGGUAUACAUUGCGUUACUUGCUACUUGUAUUAUUUUGAAUCGGCAUAUUAUACGUAAGAUAUGGCCCAUACUUGUUUUCCUGUUUGCAUCCAUUCUCAUCCUCGAGUACUUUGCCAUCUGGAAGAGUACGUGGCCUUCAAAUCAUCCUGAUGAGACUAAUGCACGUUGCCAUGAUUGCUGGAAAAUCUCAACUAUGUAUUUCAGUUACUGCAAGUACUGUUGGUUAGGACUUAUUGUUGAUGAUCCGCGAAUGCUUAUCAGCUAUUUUGCUGUCUUCAUGUUUGCUUGUUUCAAACUUCGUGCUGACCAUUUGUCCGGCUUCUCGGUGUCAUCAACUUACCGUCAAAUGGUAUCUCAACGUAAAAAUAUAUUUGUGUGGAGAGACCUCUCUUUUGAAACCAAAAGCAUGUGGACCUUCUUUGACUACCUGAGGCUUUACUGCUACUGCCACCUAUUGGAUCUUGUGCUAGCGUUGGUUUUGAUUACUGGGACCAUUGAGUAUGACAUUCUGCACCUUGGUUAUCUUGCUUUUGCGCUGGUUUUCUUUCGGGUGAGACUUGAAAUCCUAAAGAAGCGGAACAAGAUAUUCAAGUUCUUGCGCAUAUACAAUUUUGCUCUUAUUGUUCUUUCUCUUGCAUAUCAAUCUCCUUUUGUGGGGGAGUUUUGUGCUGGAAAGUGUGAGACAGUAGAUUACAUAUUUGAGAUGAUUGGAUUUUAUAAGUAUGACUAUGGGUUUCGGAUUACUGCAAGAUCAGCUCUCGUUGAAAUUGUCAUAUUUAUGGUGGUAUCACUUCAGUCAUAUAUGUUUUCCUCCCAAGAAUUUGAUAAUGUUUCUCGAUAUCUUGAAGCUGAGCAAAUUGGUGCCAUUGUGCGUGAGCAAGAAAAGAAAGCUGCCUGGAAAACUGCACAGUUAAAACACAUUCGUGAAUCCGAGGAGAAGAAACACCAGCGCAACCUGCAAGUGGAAAAAAUGAAAUCAGAGAUGCUCAACCUGCAAAUCCAGCUUCACAGCAUGAACUCAGUUACUAAUUGUGGUGACUCUCCUCCUGUCAGUGAAGGCCUAAGAAGGAGGAGGAGUACUUCUCUUAACUCAAAUAACGAUGCUGGGACCCCUGAUAAAGAAGGAUUACCCAUGAAAAAGGAGCAGAUACUUAAAGAGGAUUCGUUGUACCCUUAUGAAUUGCAUCGAUCUCCUGCAACAGUGAACUUGGAAAACCCAACAGUGGUGGAGUCUAUGAAGGAUUCGAUGGAAUCUUUUCACUGUGAGAUCACUGAAGUCGAAGAAGAUGUUACUGAUGGUGUAUUAUUUUAUUCUUCAGAAAAGAAGGACAAAGUUAAAGGGCAAGCAAAGGAAAGCCCACUCAUCUCUGCAGUUCAUCUGAUAGGUGAUGGCGUUUCCCAGGUACAGUCUAUUGGAAAUCAGGCAGUUAACAACCUAGUAAGCUUUUUGAACAUUGAACAAGAGUCUGAUAUCAGUGAGCACUCUUCUGUUGAGGAUGGGGUAUAUGAUGAGAUGGAGAGCCAAAACACUAAGUAUAUGUGUUUUAACCGUUCAUCUUCCCUGCAGUCCGAUACGAGUUCUGAUCCCACAAGUCUGCAGUUAGGAAGGAUCUUCCGUCACAUAUGGUCCCAAAUGCGGUCCAAUAAUGAUAUUGUGUGUUAUUGUUGCUUUGUCAUUGUCUUCUUGUGGAACUUCAGUUUGCUUUCUAUGGUGUAUCUGGCAGCCUUAUUCUUGUACGCCCUAUGUGUAAAUUCUGGUCCAAGUUACAUCUUCUGGGUUAUUAUGCUGAUUUACACAGAAGUCUAUAUUUUGCUUCAGUAUUUGUACCAGAUUAUCAUCCAACACUGGGGUUUGAGUGUUGCUUCAGACCUACUUCGUGAGUGGGGAUUUCCUGCACAUAAAAUCACUUCUUCUUUUGUUGUCAGUUCAUUGCCUCUCUUUCUUGUCUACUUAUUUACCCUCAUACAGAGCUCUAUAACUGCAAAAGAUGGUGAGUGGAUGUCAUCUACGGACUUCGACUUCUAUAGGAGGAGUGCUUUCCAUGGAAAAGAGGUUCCUGUAAGUUAUAGCUGGAGUGAGAAAACAAAGGAGCUGCUGCACAUAAUGGGAAAUGCAAUAAAAUUGAUAAUCAGAAGCUUCUUUAGGUACUGGGAAUCACUGACACAGGGAGCAGACUCCCCUCCUUACUUUAUUCAGGUGUCUAUGGAUGUCCGCUCAUGGCCAGACGAUGGAAUUCAACCAGAAAGGAUUGAGUCUGGAGUAAAUCAAUUGCUCAGAAUCAUCCAUGAUGAAAGGUGCAAGCAGAAAACCCCUACUCCAUGCCCUUUUGCUAGUAGGGUGCAUGUUCAAAGCAUUGAAAGGAGUCAAGAAAAUGAAAAUGUAGCGUUGGUUGUUUUCGAGGUGGUAUAUGCCUCCCCCGUAACAGAGUGUGCUUCAGUCGAAUGGUACAAUUCACUUACUCCAGCAGCUGAUGUGGCAAAGGAAAUUCUAAAAGCACAGCAUGCUGGGUUUGUUGAAGAAAUAGGAUUCCCAUACCCUAUACUCUCUGUAAUUGGGGGAGGCAAAAGGGACGUUGAUCUAUAUGCCUAUGUGUUUGGUGCUGAUCUGACUGUUUUCUUUUUAGUCGCGAUAUUCUACCAAUCUGUCAUAAAAAAUAAAAGUGAAUUUCUGGACGUGUAUCAGCUUGAUGAUCAGUUUCCUAAGGAGUUUGUGUUCAUCUUAAUGAUCAUCUUUUUCUUGAUUGUCCUUGAUCGCAUAAUCUACCUCUGCUCAUUUGCCACUGGAAAAGUAAUUUUCUACCUUUUCAACCUCAUCCUCUUCACAUAUUCAGUUACAGAGUAUGCUUGGCACAUGGAACCUUCCCACCAACAUGCUGGAGGAUUAGCACUUCGUGCUAUAUUUCUUGCAAAAGCAGUUUCUCUGGCACUGCAGGCUAUACAACUCCGACAUGGAAUUCCUCAUAAAAGCACUUUGUACCGGCAGUUUUUGACCAGUGAAAUUUCACGAAUUAAUUACUUAGGAUAUCGACUAUAUCGCGCUCUGCCAUUCCUUUAUGAAUUGAGAUGUGCACUUGACUGGUCAUGCACAACCACAUCUUUGACCAUGUAUGAUUGGCUGAAACUGGAGGACAUACAUGCGAGCUUGUACCUUGUCAAAUGUGAUGCAGUCUUGAAUAGAGCAAAGCACAAGCAAGGAGAAAAGCAAACAAAAAUGACCAAAUGCUGCAAUGGCAUAUGUCUUUUUUUCAUAUUGAUUUGUGUUAUUUGGGCUCCAAUGCUGAUGUAUAGCAGCGGUAACCCGACCAACAUUGAAAACCCCAUUAAAGAUGCCAGUGUUCAGGUUGACAUCAAGACAGCGAGUGGAAGGUUGAGUCUGUAUCAAACCACCCUCUGUAAAAAGCUCCAAUGGGAUACGCUCAACUCUGAUGUUAAUCUUGAUCCCAAAGGCUAUUUGGAUACAUAUAAUCAGAAGGAUGUCCAGUUGAUAUGCUGUGAAGCUGAUGCAAGUACUCUGUGGCUUAUCCCCAGUGUGGUUCAGACAAGAUUCAUUCAGUCCCUUGAUUGGGAGACCCACAUGGAUAUAUCUUUCACUUGGGUGCUUACCAGGGGCAGGCCCAAAGGCAAGGAAGUUGUUAAAUAUGAAAGAAGUGUGGAUCCUCAGGAUCUUCCAAAACAAUCAGAUGUCCAGCAAGUUCUUAAUGGCUCUAUAAACAGCUUUAGGAUAUACAAUGUUUAUUCAAGAUACUUCCGCGUCACUGGUUCCGGGGAUGUAAGACCAUUGGAACUAGAGGAUAAUUUUGUUAGUGCGGAUCUUGUCAUAAAUCGUGCUAAUUACGACUGGUGGUCCUUCCAUGACAUCAAUUCAUCCGACGUCAAUGGAUGUGGAGGUUUGAGAGGACCCAUGGCCAUCAUCGUAUCUGAGGAAACACCGCCACAGGGUAUUCUUGGUGACACCCUUAGCAAGUUCAGCAUCUGGGGUCUCUACAUAACAUUUGUUCUUGCUGUUGGCCGCUUUAUCAGACUUCAAUGCUCUGACUUAAGAAUGAGAAUCCCCUAUGAGAACCUUCCUUCCUGUGAUAGGUUGAUAGCCAUUUGUGAGGAUAUAUAUGCUGCAAGAGCAGAGGGUGAGCUUGGAGUUGAAGAGGUCCUUUACUGGACGCUGGUGAAGAUUUACAGGUCACCGCACAUGCUGCUCGAAUACACAAAACCCGACUAGACAUACUACCUCCAGUUGACAAGGACUCAACUAGGUUUAACAUUGACGUUAGGUUUGACUAACACCCAUUAUACACAUCAGAAAUACAGAUACUGAUACCCAGUUAUAUUUGAAGAAAUACAAAACAAAAUUCUUUCGGCCGCCAUGUAAAACUCCAGCAGCCAGAGGACCUCUGGUUUCCAUGUUUAAGGAUAUACACAGAGCUCAACAUUUUUAGCAUAGUUUUGCAUAAUCACAGAAGGCAUAGUGGUUACGUGUACACAUGUUGUAUUUCAAGAUGAUUUUGAUUUAUCAUGUACAUAGUUCAAUACAAGUUGGAGAAAAGCCAUACAACAAUAUUAUAUUUUCCAGUAGAUUUCUGUUUGUUUUCCUACAAAAACACAGGAUGUAUAUGUAUCAGUUGGACAAACCAUGUCAUGUCACCAUUGUAAUGACUUCACUUGAAUAUAUUGUUGCCUUGCCACC